UGCUCUUGACAACGGCGGCUGGAGGGGAGGAGAGAAAGGGAAGCAGGGAUGUCUGCUCUGAAGUACGCGGGGUUGGACGACACCGACAGCGAGGACGAGCUGCCUCCUGGCUGGGAGGAGAGAACUACCAAAGACGGCUGGGUUUACUACGCCAAUCACGUUGAGCUGAAGACCCAAUGGGAUCACCCAAAAACAGGAAAGAAGAAACGUGUGGCAGGAGAUUUGCCUUAUGGUUGGGAACAAGAAACAGAUGAAAAUGGGCAAGUGUAUUUUGUUGAUCACAUAAACAAAAGAACCACAUAUCUGGAUCCACGGUUAGCAUUUACAGUUGAGGAAACAUCGGAGAAGCCAAACAUUCGUCAACGAUAUGAUGGUAACAGCGCUGCCAUGGAAAUUCUACAAGGCCGAGACCUAAGUGGCAAAGUUGUCAUUGUCACAGGAGCUAAUUCAGGGAUUGGUUUUGAAUCUGCACGCUCCUUAGCUUUGCAUGGAGCACAUGUUAUCCUGGCCUGCAGAAAUCGAGCACGGGCCACUGAGGCUAUACAAAAGAUACUGGAAGAAUGGCAUAAAGCUAAGAUAGAAGCCAUGAUUCUGGACCUGUCUUCCCUCCAAAGUGUCCAGCAGUUUGCCGAAGCCUUCAAGGCUAGGGACCUACCCCUUCAUGUGUUGAUCUGUAACGCUGCUGUGUUUGGCUGCCCAUGGCAAUUGACAGAGGACGGCCUUGAAACCACUUUUCAAGUCAAUUACUUGGGUCAUUUCUACCUUGUGCAGCUACUUCAAGAUGUCCUACGCCGUUCAGUCCCUUCAAGGGUCAUUGUCGUGUCCUCAGAGUCACACAGGUUCACUGAUAUAAAGGAUUCUUCAGGGAAGCUGGAUUUUAGUCUGCUUUCUCCUGUUAAAAAAGAUUAUUGGGCCAUGCUUGCCUACAACCGCUCGAAGCUCUGUAAUCUUUAUUUCUCAAAUGAGCUGAACCGCCGCUUGUCACCUCAUGGAGUAACGUCCAAUGCUUUGCAUCCGGGAAACAUGAUGUACUCCUCACUGCAUCGCAGCUGGUGGCUGUAUACCCUACUGUUUGCCUUGGCCCGUCCUUUUACUAAGUCAAUGGCUUGUGUAAUGUCACUCUGUUGCCGGGAUGAUGAUCACCGGUGGUCAAAUUCCCCUUGUUGGUAUUACUACUUGAAAAAGAGUUCCAACCUCACUGCACCUUCCACUCCAGAACCCUUUGAGUCUGAAUACCUGGUGAUCUUUAACAUCAUCAUCAUCAUGUAUGCAUGGACAUGGCAGAACAAAUGCACUAAAAUGGGGGAGCAAAUGAGACAGUGAGCAAUGCUGUUCAUUGGAGACCAUGUUCCUUGAAGCACAUAGAAACUAGGUGAUAUACUGAAGGGGAAGGAAAGCGUCAGUACCCACCAUUGAGCACCUUUACAUAGAGCGCUGCCAUAAGAAAGCAGCAUCCAUCUUCAAGGGCCUUUACCAUCCAGGCCAUGCUCUGUUUGCGCUACUACCAUCAGGCAGGUGGUACAGAAUCCUGAGAUCCCUCAGCAGCAGGUUCAGGAACAGCUAUUACCCUAUAUCCAUCAGGCUCCUGAUCCAUUCUGUACAACUUCACUCACCUCGACUCUGAACUGACUCCACAGCCUACAGACUCAUUAUUUAUAUUUUGUUUGCCCAACUUGUCUUUUUUUGCAUAAUGGUUGUUUGUCAGUCUUUGUUUAUGUGUCAUUUUUCAUAAAUCCCAUUGUAUUUUAUUUUUUAUAAAUG